AUGGCCCUGGUUCCCUGGGCCUGCUGCCCCUGGCUUGUCCUCCUCUGUGCUUGUGCCUGGGGCAAUCCAAAGCCAGCGGACCCAAAAACAGAGGAUGUGAGAAACUGUUCAUCCAGCCCUCAGUACCUUCCAGUUACUGCGGUCAAUACCACAGAGAAGCUCAUAGCCCUCCGCCAGCAGAUGCACACCCACAAUCUCUCUGCCUACAUCAUCCCAGACACGGAUGCGCACAUGAGUGAGUACAUCGGUGAACAUGACAAGCGGCUUGCAUGGAUUACAGGCUUUACAGGGUCUGCAGGAACCGCAGUAGUGACCAUGGGGAAAGCAGGUCUCUGGACUGACAGUCGCUACUGGACCCAGGCUGAGCGGGAGAUGGACUGCAACUGGGAGCUCCAUAAGGAAGUUGGCACUACACCCAUUGUCAACUGGCUCCUCACUGAGAUUCCUGCUAGAGGGCAUGUGGGCUUUGACCCUCUCCUCUUCUCCGUUGCCUCCUGGGAGAGUUAUGACGCGGCCUUCCAAGGCUCUGACAGAGAGCUGGUGUCCAUUACAGCCAACCUUGUGGACCUGGUGUGGGAGUCAGAGAGGCCUCCAGCUCCAAGCCAGCCCAUUUAUGUCCUGCAAGAAACAUUCACAGGGAGCACCUGGCAGGAGAAAGUAUCUAGCAUCCGCAGCCAGAUGCAGAAGCACCACAAGGCCCCAACGGCUGUGCUUCUAUCAGCGCUUGAUGAGACAGCCUGGCUCUUCAAUCUUCGCAGCAGUGACAUUCCUUAUAAUCCCUUCUUCUAUUCCUAUACAUUGCUCACGGACUCCUCCAUCAGAUUAUUUGUAAACAAGAGUCGCUUUAACUCCGAGACCCUGCAGUAUCUGAAUUCCAGCUGCACUGGCUCCAUGUGUGUACAACUUGAAGAUUACAGCCAAGUCCAUGACAGCAUCCAAGCCUACGCCUCAGGAGCUGUGAGGAUCUGGAUCGGAAUGGCCUACACUAUGUAUGGACUCUACAAAGUGAUACCCAAGGAGAAACUCAUAGCAGACACCUACUCCCCAGUGAUGAUGACCAAGGCGGUGAAAAACAACAAGGAGCAGGCCCUCCUCAGGGCCAGCCACGUGCGGGAUGCCGUGCCCAUGAUCCGCUACUUGGUCUGGCUGGAGAAGAACGUGCCAAAAGGCAUAGUGGAUGAGUUCUCUGGGGCAGAGCUGCUGGAUAAGUUCCGAGGGGAAGAAGAGUUUUCCUCCGGACCCAGUUUUGAAACCAUCUCUGCUAGUGGUCUGAAUGCUGCCCUGGCCCACUACAGCCCGACCAAGGAGUUUCACCGCAAGCUGUCCUCAGAUGAGAUGUACCUGGUGGAUUCUGGGGGACAAUACUGGGAUGGAACCACAGACAUCACCAGAACAGUCCACUGGGGCACCCCCUCUGCUUUCCAAAAGGAGGCAUAUACCCGCGUCCUGAUAGGAAAUAUCGAUCUAUCCAGACUCGUCUUUCCUGCUGCUACAUCAGGACGAAUGAUAGAAGCCUUUGCCCGCAGAGCCUUGUGGAAUGUUGGGCUCAAUUAUGGUCAUGGGACGGGCCAUGGGAUUGGCAACUUCUUGUGUGUGCAUGAGUGGCCAGUGGGAUUCCAGUCCAGCAGCAUUACCAUGGGCAAGGGCAUGUUCACUUCCAUCGAACCUGGUUACUAUCAAGAUGGAGAAUUUGGGAUCCGUCUUGAAGACGUGGCCCUCGUGGUAGAAGCAAAGACCAAGUACCCAGGAACCUACCUGGCCUUUGAAGUGGUGUCCUUGGUGCCCUACGACAAGAACCUCAUUGACAUCAACCUGCUGUCCCCUGAGCAGCUCCAGUACCUGAACCACUACUACCAGACCAUCCGAGAGAAGGUGGGCCCAGAGCUGGAGCGGCGCCAGAUGCUGGAGGAGUUAGCAUGGCUGCAGCAGCACACAGAGCCCCUGUCCGCAAAGGCCCCACACACCACCUCCUUGUUCUCUCUGUUGGUAGUCUCCACUCUUACCAUCCUCAGCUAGAGUG